GCUGUAAUGAGGAUGUUGAGAAUGACUUGGAUCAAUUGUAUGGCCACUGACUCGGUACCUGUUGAGACAGUAUUAACAGAAGACGAUGGUGAAUUUAACAUUCCAGUAGGAAGUCCAACAAACAUGAAGGAAAAACUUCCUGAACCGCAGUUCUCGGGAAAAAACUUGCCCCAGUUUUGCACCACUGAUUCACACCCUUUAGAAGUGACGUGGAAUAGAAACAUAGCUCUCUGUAAUUCUGGAAAUCUUUCCCGUGCUACAUCUAGAUGUCAGAAUAAGUUUCAUGACACCAGACAACCAAGUACAACCUUCAAGGAGCAGGAAAGAAUACGUCAACGAAAUAUGAUGAAGUUAAAACGUCAAGACCCGUUCUUCCGAGCAGUAGAAAGAGAAAAACAACGAUCUAGGAUGAAAGCACGUCGACAGGAUCCUGUUUUCCGAGAUAUGGAGAGAGAACGUCAACGGCAGCGUAUGAAGAUGAAAAGACAAGAUCCUUUGUUUCGGGAAAAAGAAAGAGAACGACAGAAAUAUCGUAUGCAGAUAAAAAGACAAGAUCCAGUUUUCAAAGAACAAGAAAAGGCUCGAGGUCGUUCUCGAUCCCAAACGAAAAGAUUAAACUCUUUAACUGAGACAGAUUGCCAAAAUAGACAUAAAAAGGCUUUUGACCCAUGUUCUUUGUUCGGUGACUCUUCUUAUCAGAAAUCAGAAAUAAAAAGUCAACUUAAAGAAGAACCAGAAAUAACAAGUUCAGAAGAAAAUACACAGCAACAAAUAUACAAGUCUGGAUCACCCAUAACCACUAGUGACACGAGCUCUGAACUACAAUCAAUCAGUAUGGGUAGCACUGCAUGGAAUCCUGCAUCACAGCCUCAGAACAAAAGUCUCUCUGAUAAGAUGUCCUUUGGUUACUAUAAACCUACUGCCUCUGAUUGUUCUAGUGCCUCAUCAUUUUCUUACUUGCUGAAGACAACAGCAUCUGGAAAAACUCUGCCAGACAUAUCAACCAUUACUUUACAUUCUUCUAUGGCAUUUCAUACGGAAGUGUUCCGAGGAGACCCCCUUGACAACCAGUCAACAGUGCAACAUGUUGCCUCAUUGAUGAACCCUCUGUUCCAGUCACACAUGUCAGCUGCUGGUGAUUUUGUAAAGCUGUCGCAACAGAAACCUCCUUCCUCAGUUUCAGAAGAAUCCUCAGGAGGCUGUGAGAAAACCAAUCUGUAGUUUCACCAAUAGGGAUUAACCUACCAGGCCAACAGCAAGAAUCACUAGUUAAGGAUCUAUGAUUUGACAGACUUGCAGUGUGACAAAUCAGCCAACCUAAUCUACAAGCAGGCAAAAAGUCUCCCCUCCUACUAAGAUGAACACUAAUAGGGCCAGAAUAUGGAGUGAUGUCAUCAAGUUACUGUUUCCACAAACAGGACAUGUUGUCCAGUUACCGUUACCACAAACAGGACAUGUUGUCCAGUUACCGUUACCACAAAUGGGACAUGUUGUCCAGUUACCGUUACCAUAAACAGGACAUGUCGUCCAGUUACCGUUACCACAAACAGGACGUGUCGUCCAGUUACCACAGACAGGACAUGUUGUCCAGUUACCGUUACCACAGACAGGACAUGUCGUCGAGUUAUUCGUUACCACAAACAGGACAUGUCGUCCAGUUACC